CCUGGUUUAGCUCCACACAUAAGCCCUUCUGCGACAACAAAGCAGCACUGAUUGGCUGCUUGUAGAUUUGGGGGUGGAGAGAGGAGAAUUUAAUACACAGAAUCUGGUUCAACUUCAGACUACGUGUCACAGCCCUGACACAGGUAAGAUGCUAUUAAGUGCUAUUAAUGACUGAUCUAAAUGAGACAAUUUUAAGUUACAUUUUCAGUAGCUGCUUGUCUUAGUCAUUUUGAGAAAACUAAUUUUAUUUGCCCUUUUUUUUGUAGUUAUGGAGUUGAAAACAAUUCUCCAGAUUUUUGUUGCAACCCUGCUCUGUGGGCUAUGUGCUGCUGGGCCUGCAGGGAAAGAGUUUGCACUAUCCUUUAUGCAGAAUUACAUACCAGGGAAUAAAGGAGGUCCAGCACAGUUCAUCGUAGAGGUCUCUAGCCCCCCAAGUUCUCUCAUAAGCACAAAGGUGAAGGUAAUUGCCCUGGGAAAAGUCUGGGAGACAACUCUUCAGCCAGGAAUUGGCAAGUCUAUCCAGCUUCCUGCUGGGGUAGAGAUGACUGGAAGCACAAGAAACAAACAGACUGUCCAGGUAGAAGCCAAUCAGGACAUUCUGGUGUUGUCACUAAACUCUAAGCCUUUCUCAGCUGACACUUCAGUGAUCUACCCUGUCCAAGACUGGGGGACGGAGUAUUUCAUCUAUACUCCACAAAUGGGUCCACCUGAUCAAUAUAAAGAGUUUGCCAUUACUAAUCAUGGCAUACUAAAUACUGUGGAGAUUCAGUUAAAUGGUAUGGCGUCAUUUGAAGGGCAGGAAUACCCACAGGGUAGCAAACUUGUCAUUGAUUUGGAGCCAUUUGAAAGUGUGCUAAUCCAAAGUAAGGAAGAUUUGACUGGCUCCAAAGUAUCUGCCAAGCAACCAGUGGCAGUCUUCACAGGACACAGCUGUACGUGGUAUUUUACAGAGUGUAAUCAUGUGUAUGAACAACUGCUUCCUGUAAGUAGCUGGGGAAAGGAGUUUAUAGUUGCAACUCUUGCAUACACAAAACCCUCAGACAGGUUCGAUUCAGUAAUCAUUCAGGCCUCAGAGAACACUGAAAUCCAAAUCACUACUCAAGAUGGUGUAGCUUCACCAAAACAAAUGGUGGCUGGAGAAACGCUCUACAUCAAUCUUCCAUAUCCAAACUCUCUGCAUUUUACCACUGAUAAAGGUGUUCAAGUGCUAUAUGAAUUCAAUGGUGGAAUCAAUCAAAAUGGAGAAACAAAUGACCCCUUCCUCAUUACAGUCUUGUCGAAAGACCGCUUUAGUACCUCAUAUGCAAUGGCGAGUCAAGCUGGCUUUACCAACGAAGCUAUCAUUAUAGCUCAGACCAAAGACUUGGGAAAACUAACACUAGAUCAAAAUCCAUUCCCGAAUGACCUUCAGUGGACUCAAGCAGGGGAAAGUGAAUACUCAUGGACACAGAUCAUUUACACUGAAGGCACAGGCUUCCAUCAAGUCUCACAUCCAGACUCACCUUUCGCUCUCUACAGCUUUGGUGCAUCAAAAGACAAUGGAUAUGGGUCUCCUGCCCCUGGUAAUCCUCCAGGUAAGAAAAGAUAAUUAUGAAUGUACUUACAGAAAUAUUUUUACAGAAUGCAGUAAGACAA